AUGAAUAAUGCCACAUCCAAGCGGCGUUCUCGACUCAAACCCGACUGUGAGCGAAAACGACCAAAGUAUGUCUUCAAAGCGUGUGCAUCAUGCAAACGCAGAAAAGUUCGCUGUAACGGCAAAACUCCUUGCGAGUUCUGUGAGCGACGUUCGAUCAAGUGUUGCUAUUCAAAUGAGUUUGAAUCAUCCACGGAUCAUGCCCACCAUUUGAAUGAUCGGGAGUUACCGUUGGAGGAAAAGAACGUUGGCCGAUCGGAUAUUGUGCCAUUGCAGCAGCUGUCUCACCUUGUGGCAACUUUGCAGGAUAAGGUCGAGUUAUUACAUCACGAAAUCCAAGAUGUUCCGAAAGAGCGUUUGUCUAGCGUCAAGGGUGAUACUGAUACUCAGAACCACCCGAAGCUGAAAGAUCUUCGAUCUACCUCACCAUCACUGCCUGAUUAUACUGGCCCAACCAGUUCUCUCUUCAGCCUCGGCGUUGCGAAGAUGAUUCUAGAGCAUGGCAGGCCUUCCAGCCCAGAGAAGCUAGAUCCGGAGAUCGCUGGAUCGGUGAUAACGACAAACGAGCAAGACAUGACGCAAAUGGAGGCUUGUUCAUCAACUAAAACGGGUAGUAGUGACCUGGGCCUGCUGAGUGAGAUUAACUUGAACGAAGCUUUCCGCCUCAUUCAUCUGUAUGAUGAUAUCGUAGGCACGUUGCUUCCGAUAGUUGAUAUCGAAACAAUCAAAAUGCAAGCUAAAAUGCUGUGGGCGAACAUCAUUUACGAACUGAAUCCGAAUGAUAGUUCUGGUGGCCUCCGUGAAUGCGAUGCCACCCCUUUGAAAAUGGUUAUCGCUAUUGCUCUGCUUGCUGAGGGUGGUGGCUAUAGCCGCGUGGCGAUUGAUCUGCACGACAGCCUGCUACCAAAUGUAUUGCCCCAUGCCGUCUUGAGAAAAUUCUCCUUACGGGGCCAGCAGAUAAUCCUACUGAAUGCCUUGUUUUAUAUGUUCCAGGAUGACUACAGACUCGCGUCUCGAAUGAUUACUAUUGGCUCGCGCACUAUUAUUGAGUCCGGAUUACAUCGGAAAAAAGUUCUUUCGGAUUAUUUCCCACGUCCAGAGGAGCAGAAGGAAAUCACCACCCUGCUCUACACUUCUUUCGUUCUCGAUCGGCAAAUAAACUUCGCAGCUGGGUUGCCGUUCACUUUCCGCGACAACGAUAUCGACAUUCCCGAGGUGGAAGACGUUCCAUAUCUGAAAGCCAUGAGAUCAUAUGUGCAGUUUGGAGCCCAAAUUUGGUAUUCCAUCACAGAUGAACACGGGAAAUUCAAGCGACGGUUGAAGGAAGAAACCUUUGACUUUUUGAGCUACAAAGUCAAAUCAUGGCAAGAAAGUCUCCCCAAAGCUCUACAGUCGUCCCAAGACGAGCUGGGAUCUGUGGAGAGCAUUCCUUUCGAGGACCGAAAGGCCUAUCUCAUCAGAUCUAUCCUGUUCCUACGAGCAAACCAGAUCAGGAUUUUGGUCCUACGUCCUCUACUUUACUCAUACCAAACAGCGAAAGCGAAUCCCGGCCAUGCAGACACCCUUGUCCAACUUGCAACAAACACGAUCAAUAAGGUUCUCGAGAUGGAUCGUCAAUCCAAUCUAUAUCGCACACAAAUACCAAUUUUGAAUCAUUUCCUUUCAUCUGCGUUGUGUUCCUUGUUCCUUGUUCUUGCUCAUUAUUCACGCCUUUCCACCACGGAGCUCACUACGAGUGAAAGUGCCGCCGUGGUCGAUGCUAUUGCUAAUGGCCUAAGCUUACUGCGAACUUACCUAUUCUCCCUGUCUUCACAGCGGUUGCUGCGAAAGUUUACUGGGCCACAGGGCCUGAUAUCUCAUCUUGGGCUUCUGAAAAACUGCAAUCACUUUGACAAAUUACUCUUGGAGAAGCUUGAUAUUGACAAAUUUACGGGUCUAGACAAUGUCGCGCUAGAUCGAAAUCCAGUGAUGGAGGGUAAUGAUCAUCCUCUGCAUGAUUACUCCAAUCCGACAGGAAGUGAGUGGCCUCUUGAAUUAUCAUUGCCAUCCCCAGUCACGCCCGGAGAUAUAAGCCAGCUAUUUGCUAGCUAUGAAUUGGACUUCAUGGGAUUCAAUCUCUUAUGA